GUUCAGUCCUCUGAAGCAUGUGGAACUAUGCCCAGUGAGGGCUGUGCCCCUCAUUUCCAAGUCUUUUGGUACCACUCCGUCCUUAGUCCUCCCGAGAGCAGGGGGGCAGAGCUGAGCGGCAGCCCGGAGCUUGGCGGGAGGAGGCAACGGGGGAGGGGCAGGUGGGGAGAUCCGGCUGGAGGGGAGGCUCCAACGUCUCCUUCCUUCCUGGUUCCUGCAGUAGCUGCUGCCACUGCUCAGCUCUGUGAAGAGGUAGCCGGGUGACUCGGAAACUGUCUCAGAGGCACAUCAGCAUACGGACCAAGAAGUACUGGCGUCCAUGGACCCUGGGGGUUCCCCCAGGACAAGGUGACAUUCUCCCCAUCCCACCCUGCUCUGCUAUCCUCAUCAGGGAACAACUUCUUCCUCAUGGACUUCCAGGAAAGGGACACGCCCUCCCUGGCUGAGAGUACUCAGUCUUCAAAGCCCAGCAGUACCCAGCAGGCCUCCGAGCUGUGGGAGGUGAUGGAGGAGCCUCGGGGCAGGCUGGGAUCAGAUGACAUCAUACCCGAGAGACAGGAAGGACACCUGCUCAAGAAGAGGAAGUGGCCUCUUAAGGGCUGGCACAAGAGGUACUUUGUGCUUGAGGACGGGAUCCUCCACUAUGCCACUACUCGACAAGAUAUCACCAAGGGGAAGGUCCAUGGCUCCAUUGAUGUCCGGCUGUCUGUCAUGUCCAUCAACAAAAAGGCCCAGCGCAUUGACCUCGAUGCAGAAGACAACAUUUAUCACCUAAAGAUCAAAUCUCAGGACCUGUUCCAUAGCUGGGUGGCCCAGCUGCGAGCCCACCGCUUGGCCCAGCGCUUGGACAUGCCCAGUGCCACUCAUCGGAAGGCUCCUGGUACCCAGAUGCUAACAGCAGGUAGUGCCUCAGCCUUGCCUGGGGUUGGACCUCGAGAGAAAGUAUCGUCCUGGCUGAGGGACAGUGAUGGGCUAGACCGAUGUUCUCACGCGCUCUCAGAAUGCCAGGGUAAGCUGCAGGAACUACACAGACUCCUUCAGAGCCUGGAGUCCCUACACAGAAUCCCCUCUGCCCCUGUGAUCCCCACACACCAGGCCUCAGUGACGACUGAGAGACCCAAGAAAGGAAAACGGACCAGCCGCAUGUGGUGCACACAGGGCUUUGCCAAGGAUGACACCAUUGGACGGGUUGGCCGUCUCCAUGGCUCUGUUCCCAACCUGUCUCGUUACCUGGAGUCUCGGGACGCUUCUGGCCCCCGUGGCCUGCCACCUCCAGACUAUGCCCAUCUGCAGCGCAGUUUCUGGGCUCUGGCUCAGAAGGUGCACAACUCCCUCAGCAGUGUCCUGGUGGCUCUCACCACAGAACGGGACCGACUGAGAGACCUGCACCAGGGCUCAGAGCUGUCAAGGAUGGCGGUUUCUGAGAUCCCGGAUGGUCAGAGACGCCUCCACUCACUCUCCAUCUCUUCAGACACCACAGCAGACUCCUUCAGUUCCCUAAACCCGGAGGAGCAAGAAGCUCUGUACAUGAAAGGCCGAGAGCUGACCCCCCAACUGUCCCAGAGCAGUGUGCUAUCCCUUGCCGACUCCCACACCGAGUUCUUUGAUGCCUGUGAGGUGCUCCUCUCUGCCAGCUCUUCCGAGAAUGAGGGUUCUGAGGAGGAGGAGUCAUGUGCUAGUGAGAUCACCACCAGCCUGUCUGAGGAGGUGCUGGACAUCAGGGGAGCUGACCGCUAUCAAAAAGGGGACAGAGGCAAGGAUGAGACUCAGGCCCAGCUUCUGUGCUCUUGUAUACAGCAGUGGAAGCGUCCUGUCGGGGUGGUUCUUAGCCCUGCUGCCCACGCAAAUCCCCAGGAUAUCACAAGCAGUCAGAUGCCCCAGUCACCUCCCGUAGCGGGCAACGCUGGGAUGUCUCAGGAGGGGCAUGUGUUCCAGGGAUUGCUGUGGGACCCCCUCGCCGCCGCUGCCUGCCUGCUGCCAGUGGGCCUGGGACAGACGUUAGCCUGUGGAAUAUCCUUCGUAACAACAUCGGCAAAGACCUAUCCAAGGUGUCGAUGCCCGUGCAGCUCAACGAGCCGCUCAACACGUUGCAGAGGCUUUGCGAGGAGCUGGAGUACAGCAGCCUCCUGGACCAGGCCAGCCGCAUGUCCGACCCCUGCGAGCGCAUGGUGUACAUUGCAGCUUUCGCUGUCUCUGCCUACUCCUCCACAUACCACCGGGCAGGAUGCAAGCCCUUCAACCCUGUCCUGGGAGAGACUUAUGAGUGUCUCCCACCAUCCCCCGAUCUCCGCGUGUCACGCAGAAUCUGAGAACUUCAUCUUCUGGCAAGACAUGAAAUGGAAGAACAAGUUCUGGGGCAAAUCCCUGGAGAUCGUGCCUGUGGGGACAGUCAAUGUCAGCCUGCCCAGGUUUGGGGACCACUUUGAGUGGAACAAGGUGACAUCCUGUAUUCACAACAUCCUGAGUGGCCAGCGCUGGAUCGAGCACUAUGGGGAAGUGCUUAUCCGAAAUACACAAGAUAGCUCCUGCCAUUGCAAAAUCACCUUCUGUAAGGCCAAGUACUGGAGUUCCAACAUCCAUGAGGUACAAGGUGCGGUGCUGAGUAAGAGUGGCCGCGUCCUCCACCGCCUCUUCGGGAAGUGGCAUGAGGGACUGUACCGAGGACCCCCACCGGGUGGGCAGUGCAUUUGGAAACCCAAUUCGAUGCCCCCAGACCAUGAGCGGAACUUCGGGUUCACUCAGUUUGCCCUGGAGCUGAACGAGCUGACUGCCGAGCUGAAGCGGACACUGCCUUCUACUGACACACGGCUACGGCCUGACCAGAGGUACCUGGAGGAGGGGAACAUACAGGCUGCUGAGGCCCAGAAGAGAAGGAUAGAGCAGCUACAGCGCGACCGGAGAAGGGUGAUGGAAGAAAAUAACAUAGUCCACCAAGCACGCUUCUUCAGGCGACAGACAGACAGCAGCGGCAAGGAGUGGUGGGUGACCAACCAUACCUACUGGAGGCUACGUGCUGAACCAGGCUAUGGGAACCUGGAUGGGGCUGUGCUCUGGUAACCCUGGCCUCGGGGCAGGAGACUCUAGGCCCUCGCUCCUGCCCCUGCUCCUGCUACGGACACAUGGGUGAGGUCAGGCUCCCUCUUGAUGCCCUUGAGUGCCAAGGGGCAGCCUAGGCCCUAACCCUUUCCCCUCUGCUGGCCAGAGGGGCUGUCUCUCAGCACACUCCCAUUCCACCACUGGGGCGAAAGUGGACUCUAAAUGGGAAUCCGUGCUUUCCCCAUCUUGUGACCCCCGAAUCUGGCAUGUCAGACCCUUCUCGCUCAGCCACCCUUCUCAUCUGGGAGUGUUUGGGAAAGAUGCCAGGUUCCCCAGAUCUGCUCCCCAAUUCAGUGCCUUCCUUGGACACAGAGGCCCCUUGAUGCUACCCCGACUUCUCGUGCCCAGGGUGCUGGCUGUGCAAGGUUGGAGUGAGUGAAGGAGAAGAGAUGCCCCUUUCCCGUCUGUCCUUGUCCUCUCUUCAGCAUCUUCCCUGUGCCCUGACUGACCCAUCCCUUGUCCUGCAUCCCCUUCUCCCAAACUGCAAAGCACCUGCAGCUUUAGCCCCUCCAUCCCUGCUCCACCUGUGGUCCCUUCUGGCUCAGCUUAGCAGAAGUCCCAAGAGGUGGGGAGCAGUCUGGGGUGCCUGGCCUCAGAUUUACCCAGGAGGGAGGGAGCCCAGUGUGAGUGUAAGUUUGUGUAGGAGUGUGUGUGUGUGUGUGUGUGUGUGUCCUGCUUGCCGGCAAGCAGGAUUCCUAAUGUAGCCAGGACACCUCCGCUGCUGCUGGUGUCUGUCACUGUUGCUGCUCAUUUUCUCAGUUUGCCUAAGUCAGGUGAAUUGCUAUUACAUUCCGAGCUCUAAUAAAGACUGUCCUAGACUUUG